AUGCCCACUGCACAGCAACUCGUCGCCUCGGGCCAGGUCACCCCGCCCCAGCCACUAUACCCUGAGGCGCCAAAGGCGAUAACAGUCAACAUCACCAACAUGAACUCGGCGACCACCCCCUCGGGAUUCUAUGACGCGCUCGCGGCCGACCUUAGCCUUGGCGAGGUGCUCCGCGGCCUCGAGCUCGCGGGGUGCCAUGUGCUCAGUGUGGCGUAUAAUGGCGGCGUGCUGGACGCUCGUGUGGUGGCGGGUGAGAGCGGGUGGGUGGAGCGAUGGGUCCGGUUUGGGGCCAAUGGCGCGUAG